GUCUCUAUAUACUUUGAUAAUAUAACUAAGCAUAAAUCUCAAAUUGACCCUUCCCGCUCUACAGAUUUGGCAAUUUGCACCACCAGAAAUUUGCACCAAAUUUUUAGUUCGCGUUUAUUUACAUCCACAGAUACCCAUACCACAUCAACCUUAAUCAUGCCAAAGUAUCCUGAACCACAAAAAUUGAAGGAAAGGUACUCUCCAGUGAAGAGGAUUCCAUCAUUUGAUCAUCUGCGUGAUAAUUCUAAAAAAUAUGAAGUUUUCGCUGUUGAACCAUCACGAAGUAAAUUAUCUCAUAGUGUUCUGCCAAAGAGAAGAGUUGCAGUAUCUGAAAGUAUAACUACAAAUACAAAUACAAAUACAAAUACAAAUACAAAUAAGACUCUAGGCAAUACAAUAACAUUAUCUAAAUUUUCUCCCAUCAAGAGAAGUGGAUCCCCCAUACGCCGUCAACAUAUAAAUGAUAUUGAACAAGAGGCAAGGAAUAAUGAGAUUUCUGCACUUGAUACCACUAAACCAAAGUCAGUUACAUUUUCAGAAGAAACUCACUAUAAUAAUAAUGAUAAUAAUAAGAAUAAGAAUAAUAAUGAUAAUGAAGAAUCUCGACUAUUUGUGGCAUCUUCAAGUACUUCGUCAAUUACAGCAGGUGAAAAACAAAUUAAAGGUGGGAUUUCUGGAGAUCAAUUUAUGUAUCUCUUAAGAAGAAUAAAUGAGAUUCAAAAUACUCAAUUACAAAUAAUAGCAAAACUUGAUAGAUUAGAGAAUAAAUUACCUUGAAAUGUAUUUUUUUUUCUAUAUAAA